CGUGUCACAUUAAGCUUCAGUAGCUUCUCUGGCUUAGUCAUGAACAUAAAGGUCAAAGAACAUUCACGAACACAUCCGUACAGUCAAUCACCAUGGCAAAAUCAAAGACACCUACUGUAGUGAACCGUCACAUCUACACCAGGGCGUCAUAUCUGUACCAAGCUGCUGAUUAUCUCGUCAAAUGUCAGAAUCAGGGGUCGACCAUCAGUCAGGACGAGCCAACCAAAGCAGCCGAGUGCCAACAUGAAUCCAGCGUGUCUGAUUCAGCCCAACUGUGGCGAAGAGCAAGCUCAAAUACAGCCAGGCAGAUGCUGGCAGAAAUGAGGUCCAUGACUUUGAAGGCACAAGUGCGACAAAGCCCGGACAUGAAGAGAACUGUUUGCAAGUAUUGCGACUCCAAACUUGUCGAGGGUCAGACCAGUCGCUCUUAUAUCGAGAAUGCCAGUAAAGGCGGCAGAAAACCUUGGGCAGACGUCCUGGUCAUUGAAUGUCAGAUUUGCAAGAAUGUGAAGCGCUUUCCCGUCAGCGCAUUGCGGCAAAAAAGGAGACAUCUUCGAUCAAGCAAGGCGCAGCCCUAUACGAGUGUCAAACCUGGGAAGCAAGACAUGCCCGCAUUACCCAACGAGGUGACCAAACCGCCAGCUGCAGAUUGAGAGUUUCGGAGAAUUCAUAUUGUUUCAACAGUCUACUUGUAGAUGU